AUGGCACUCGCCAUCAUCUUAUACUUCGCGUUCGUGCUGCUGCUGCUGAUGCGAGAAACAGUUCCUGCGAAGACGCAGCCGGCACUCGUUGAUCAGCGCGCGUUGGUUUUCACCACUGGGGCCAUGGAGGAAAAGACGGGCCAACAACUUCUUGCGCAGCAGAGUGUCUUUCUGCAUCCCGCGAAUGGGGGCCAGCUGCGCCGGGUGGUAGCUUGGGUGUAUCAGAACCCCGCGGCUGGCGGCUUAUACACCGUCAGCGGGUUCCUGACACGCCUGUACAACGCGACCUCUGUGGAGAGGAGUGGUGGCCGCAUGGCGCCGCAGGAGUUACUUGCGUACUACAAUCAAAGCGGUACGUACAGCGAGGCGCGGGUGCGCUUCCUUGACGGCAUCGUUGACUUGGACCAGCGGGCCCUGCGGCAGGCCGUGCACGGCAACGCUGUGGAUGAGAUGCUGCUGCUCGUGUUUAAUGACUGGGACCACAAUGCCGACAAGUACAUUGCCGUGCUGCAUGGCUUGUCGACGCUCCUGCAGACCACGGAGGGCAGCUCUGCACCCGACCUCCCGGACUCCUUGCACGCUGCUCUGAAAGAGAAUAAUAUCAGCAUGUCGCAAUUCGCGUCGCCUCGUCCUGAGGCCUUUGCAGACGCAUUACGGUUGGGUGAAACACACUGGCAGCAGGCGGGUCAGUCGAGCCGCCUGUUUUUUAGUUGGCCCCAAAAAAAGUCGACAGGAAAGCCGGUACAAAUCAUUGCCGCCAUCCGGAGGGCGGACUUCGAUGCUGACGACUUCCUUGGCGCCGAAACGCUGUCGCUGGUGCUUCAGUCGCCCGGCGUCUUCUUCUGUUCAAAGGGCAUGUCAUAUAUUGUCGACUACGCCGGCCCCCCAGACGUGAGAGAGCUGGCGAAGUUUGUCGCCGCCAACACCAUCUCGCAUCUGCAGCUGAAAUCGGCGGCGGAGCUGCGCUCGGUGCUUCAGCAGUUCGAUGCACUGGCGCUCAUCGUGAGCAGGGAGGCGGGCGGCACUGCGCCGGCCUCUGACUCGCCGCUGCGGGAAAUUCUCUUCAACGACACGCUGGACACCCGCUUCCGGCUCAGGGCCGCACUGCCAACUUUUUUCCUGCAGGAGGAGCAGCUGGCCGGCCCCGACGACGUCAGGUGGGACGAGCUGAGGGUCGUCGCCUCGCAGCGACUGGAGCCGAAGAGUGUGCAGUUCAUGGCAUCACUCCAAAAGGAUAGUCUGCCGCCUGACUUCGUCGAGCGGCUCCACCUGUUGCCCGCCUCGGCCGACGCGCGGCUCAUUGUGCUUGACAGGGCGCAGCUGACCGCCGAGGGGGGGCGGGGGGCGCGGCUCGCUGACUUCUCCGCCAGCGUUCUCUACUUCCCCGCGCCCAGCGGCAGGACGGACCACCGCAUGUGGAGCAGCACCUUCGGGGCGCGACUCGUCGACUUUGUGGAGGACGCAGCGGACCGCCUGACAUCGCCUGCACCGGUCACCGGAAAGAGCAUGCAGAGUGUGUACGAGCAACACUUCCGCGUCUCCCUGCGGGAGCGGGCGGCGGGCGUGCGGGAGCGCCCCUUCGCCGCCGACGGCGCGCCUGGCGGUUCGGCGCCGCCGCGUCCGAAGGGGUAUGAACCGCGUCUGUUGGCGGUGGUGGUCCUGCCCCCGGCCGACGCCAGGGGAGACAACGCCUGUGAGAGGGCCGUCUUUCACGCGGCCCACGCCAGCCCUCAAAGCGAAGGCAUUCGCUUUGCAACCGCUGCCGCCGAUGUGUCCUCGGACCUCGUGGAGGAGCUGCGCUUCGCGGUGUGGCGCCGCUCCGAGGGCAAGGCGGCAAGCGUCUGCGAGGUCUACGUCUUCCACCCGGACGGCAAGGUAGAUGCGCUGGGCGUGGAUCCGCAGGAGCUGCACUCGCCCAAGGAUGGCUGGUUAAGGCUCCUCCUCCGCGGCACUCGGGAGCAGCACUGGGGCGUCCUCGCCGUCUCCCACCCUUUACAGGACGAGUACCUCCUCGCACUGAUGGAGCUUCACAAACACAUGCAUGCCGUGAAGUCUCCUGGCCCGCAGUCCGAAUUCCGCACCUCGUUGUACGGCACCGCCGACGGCUUUGCUCCGUGGUUCUUGUGGCUGCCUCCGCUCGAGACGGUCCCAAUUCUCGUUCACGUGCAGAAGAAUAGCGUGGCGGAGGAGGUGAGCUCGCCACCGCUGGAGGACGCCACGGGCGGGGUAUCGGAGGUCACGCUUUUGCUGCUGCAUGAUAGUUCGUGCGGAAUGACCGUGAAUCACUUGAAGGCGUUUCGGCUGCUCGCCACGUGCUACGAAUCGGCAACGCCGCCCGUGUCACUUGCGCUGGUGGAGUACGACCUCUCUUCCGGCUUCGUCAUGCCGGAGCUUGGCGCCUGGCGAGCCCGCUCAAUCGGCAAGAAUACUGAGCAGACGCAGCAUGCGGGGGUCUACUCGCGUCUCAAGCCGCUUCUGCGGGACCCCAAGCGCCUGCAGCCCCCACAACUCUUUGCAUUAAACCGGACGCACGUCAUAAGUACGAUUAGCACCUCCCGCUACUACAGUUCCUCCCGCUACUACAGCUCCUCCAGUGAUAGCGGACGGCUGGAGGCGCACAACGGCUACGUGCGAACUCUUCUUCGCCUCGCGAGUCACGCGGACCCCCUGCUGGUCCCCGACACCCUCUCUAGGUGUAUGCGGCAGUCACUGCUGCUGGAGGCGCAACGCCGAAGCCAAUACCGCCCUCGCACGCAGCAUAUGCCCUGA